AUAACUACAUAUGCACACAAGGACGAAAAUAAUCGAUGGUUAGUAAAAUUCUAUAAUGAUGAUGAAAAAAUAAGUAUCAAUGACACCGUAAGAUAUAUAAAACACGGAGAUAUGAUAAGACUGGAACAUGUACCAACAAGGCGUAAUUUACAUUCACACCGUGAACCAGCUCCGAUAACAAAAAAACAUUAUCAAGUCACAGGUUAUGGAGAGAAUGGUACUGGUGAUUACAAUGAUGUUUGGAAAGUAUUUGUCGAUGGUGGUUCAGAUGGUAAUGUUGUCUCUGCAGUAACAAGUAAAAUCAAAUUAGUUCAUGUUCUUCAACAUUGUGUACUCACCACAAGCAACAAGCAGUUGCCAAAAUG